AAUGUAAUCCAGGCUUUUCUUGUUCCAAGAAAUAAUAAAUUUUCCAAGAACUUUGCCUGAAUUUCUGCCGUUUUAUCGGCUGUUUACCUGAAAUGGCAAAUCCCAACGAUGCUGGAGAUCGUCAGGUGAUCCUAGCGACUGCCGGGUAUGACCACACGAUCCGAUUUUGGCAAGCACACACGGGAAUUUGCCACAGGACAGUCCAACACCAAGAUUCUCAAGUAAAUUGUUUGGAAAUAACACCCGACAAACAUCUACUAGCUGCAGCAGGCUAUCAGCACAUUCGUAUGUAUGACAUUAAUUCUAACGAGGCGUCCCCAGUCAUUAACUACGAGGGGAUCUCCAGGAACGUGACGGCCGUUGGAUUUCAGGAAGACGGGAAAUGGAUGUUCACCGGAGGAGAGGACUGUACAGCCAAGAUAUGGGAUCUUAGAAUGAGAAACUUGCAAUGUCAAAAGAUCUUUCAAGUCAACGCGCCCGUCAACUGCGCCUGUCUUCAUCCAAAUCAGGGAGAGCUUAUAGUCGGCGACCAGAGUGGAACAGUUCACAUAUGGGAUUUGAGAAGUGGCCACAACGAACAACUGGUGCCCGAGCCAGACUCUUCCAUCCAGCAUCUCAGCAUCGACUCAGAGGCCACCCACAUGGCCGCCAUCAACAACAAAGGCAACUGCUACAUCUGGCGGGUCUCGCCCGGCAAGGAGGACCCCAUCUCCCAACUCCUCCCGAAGACCAAGAUCCCCGCCCACAAGAAGUACGGCAUCAAGUGCAAGUUCAGUCCUGACUGCACGCUUCUUGCCACAACAGCAGCCGACCAGACAGUGAAGAUUUGGAAGACGGCUGACUUCAGUCUCCUGACCACGCUGACCGACGCAGUCCAGAGAUGGGUCUGGGAUUGCGCCUUCUCAUCCGACUCACUCUACCUAGUCACAGCCUCAUCGGACCACACAGCAAGGUUAUGGAGUGUCGAGCAAGCGGAAGUCAAGCGCGAGUUUAACGGACAUCAGAAGGCCAUCACAGCCCUGGCUUUCUCCGACGGGGUUUCAACAUGAGUGGCAGAAACUUCUACACUUGGGAAUUUAUUUGAUGAAAUGGAAUUUACGUCUGGAGAUGUAAAUUUUAUAUUUUCUUUUGCUGCUACAUCAGACUCAAACCGGCUGUCUGACCUCCUGCAAGCUCGGUGGUCGAUCGGUAAGACGUCAAGUCUAGUAAGCAGGAGGUCGUGGGUUCGAGUCUCACCCGAGGAGUUUGUGAUUUUUUUUUUGCAAUCCCUCGGACAAUACCAAGUAUACAGUGUUUAUAAUAUACAUGUAUGUCGGCGAAGGGCAAAACCCAAUAUAAAAUUUACUCCAAAGAUAUUGGCAAGAAACUUGUUGGGUUGCUCUGCCUACAUGAGAAAUAUUUUUAAAAUCUGAGUUCCCAGAGAGGUGCUCUAAGAAUUAGCACUUCAGAAUUUACGUGGUACAUUGUGUAUUUCCACGAAUUUUUUUAGCUGGACCAUUUUUCUACCAAUGUUGAAAGUAGACAUGUUACAAAUUUAUGCUUUGUGUAGGUUUGGGCUUUGUUGUGCUUACUAUUCAAGGCAGGAAACACUUUUCACUGUCCAAAACAAAUAACAGCAGCAAGGACAUUGUAAACUGAAGUCUGAAAUACUCUGAAGUGUGUCUGUUGUAAUAGGUGAGCCCAUAAUAUGUAGGAAAACUUGUUCUUUAGUCGAACCCCUUGAGUGAUUUACUAGGAACCUUCCUCACUCUUGCAAAAUCCCACACCAUAUGGUAACUCAACAACCAAACUUUUGGACUCUGAUUAUGAAGGUAUGCCUGACCCAUGCAAAGCAUAAUCAGUUUACAAAUACAAGUACUCGCUCCAACAGUUUCCAGCAAAACAUGCAGUUGGAUUUUGAAAGAUUAGGUGUGGUUAGGGUUAAUCUAUUAUGUUCACACUCUUUAUUACAGAACUUUGACAGUCGCAUCACUUGUGCUCUUCAACAAAUUCAGUUUUUUUCUCUUAAUACAUUUUCAAAUUGCAUGUUUUAUUCCAACCAAAAAUACUCCUAUUUGUAUAGCUUCGGCAUCUGUGAAUUAGCCAUAUUCAGGUUUAUGAAAAUAUACACAUAUGGGUUGGCCAUUAUCACAAUGAAGCAGUAGUGAUUUUGUUACUUCCAAUAGCCCAGCCAGUUUUAAAAGAGUCAAUUUUCACAACAAUGUCAACCUUUUUACACUCAUUUGAGUGCAUUUAAUAAAAUGUACUGUACACAAUUUUGAGGGCCUUUCAAUAAAUGUAAUCCAGAGAUCUAUGUUAACUCAAUUUAUUAUGUAAAUUACAGUAUUGUACAUGUGCAGUAAACAUUUGUGUAAAUAGUAUCAUGAAUACAAAAAAGUGAUUAAAAUAUAAUCAACACAAAUCGAUCUGAAACUGUCAUGUGUUUGACUUUCUUGGCGUUCCCUUUACCGUCCUUUAAUUCCUAACUAUAGUUGGGACGAUUUUUUUCACUUUAUAUUCGCUAUGAAAGCCACUUACAUGUACCUGUUAGAUAACCAGAAAAAAAAGAAAGAAUUUCCAUACCUCUAAAUGUUUUGUUAUCCUGUAAAUUUCAGGGAAAUUUGGAAAGCAUUUGUCCAAAAAAUGAUUUUUCUCAAGGUCAUAGGUCAUGCACCUUUGACCUUUUAAUUCCCCCCCGUUUAUUAACCAGGUUAGUAGCUUCAAAUAUCAAGUGAAAAAUGGUCUAGAUUUCAAAAAUUCAGGAAACAGAACAUUUCAAGAAAUUUGGUACACUACACAUCGCUAUGUGGCUCUAAAUGCAU